AUGACUUUUCAUAGCAGGUUCAAAGACCUUACGCAGCAGAUCCAUGAUGUUGAUAAACCUGAGCUGGUAGCUCUGAUAGGGCAAGUGUUUGAGUCGUAUGUAACAGAGCACCACACGACUGACAUCAUGCAGAUCCUUCUGGCGCUUGAUGAAGAUGCCCACUACUCGGUGGUCAGCAACACCAUGACGCUAUUCAAAGCCAACAUGGAGGUGGGAGACUACUUUAACGCCUACCCCAGCGAGGUAGACGUCAACAUCUUCAACAACGCCCUUCACAGAUCCGCCAAGGCGGUGUCAGUGAACUCAACACAGCAAGGCUGCCACAAGUUCAAACACCACCUGCAUGCCCGAAUCACAGAUCUUCCUCUGUGUCCAGAGCUCACCAAGGAGAACAUCCCCAAGUCUCGGAACGCAGGUCACUUCCUGUUCGUAACAGACACGGUCAUCCGCACCAGUGUGACCAAGGUCCUGGAGUAAAGGGACUAAAUGUGUGCCGUCAUGUGCUCUAAGUGCCGUCAUGUGCUCUCCCUGCAAACCGACUUGCCCACCUACUGCCGGAUGGAGCUCCCGCCUACUGCCCCAACCAGGACCUCUGUUCAGGCUGUCUGUGGGCAGUAUUCCAUGGUGGUCAUUCUGGAGGAUGAUCUGAUGGACAUCUGUAAAUCAGGUAACACUGACGAUGUCACAGUGCAUGGAGUAGUUUGUCAGUGAUGGAAUCCCCUGUAUGAUUGUGAACUGGAUCUAGUGUUGAAAGCCAACUUUAUUGAAGUGAACAAUGAGCAGACCAUGGCAGCUCUGGUCUUAGAGGACAUGCAGAAGGAGUUUGACUAGCUCUGGGACAAUUGCAAACAUGACCCUAUAGCUGGCAGGAAGCAGAUUCUCAUGAGUCUGUGCCCACAGGUGUUUGGAAUGUACGUAGUUAAGUUAUCUGUUGCUAUGGUGUUAGCCGGUGGGGUGCAAAGAAUUGAUCCCUUUGGAACAAAGGUAAGAGGUAUGUCUUUGUUUAGGCGAGUUUCAUCUUCUGCAGGUGGGAAGUUUCUGAAGUACGCUGCUAAAAUCACUCCCCUCUCAGUCCUCACUGCUGGGAUCUUCUCUCCUUCCGCAGGUCUCACGGUGGCAGCCGUGAAGGACUCUUGGGAGUGGCAUCUAGAGGCAGGAGCUCUGUUGUUCAACAGCAUCAAAGAGCACGACCGCACCACUAUCCACGGAACCAUGGAGAAGCAGACCAUCACUGUGGUCAAGGCCAGCAUUGUGUGUAAACUGAACACCGGGACAACCAUCUCGGCAGCAUCCAACCCUAAGGGCCAGGAGGACCCCAACGUGCCUGUGUCGGUCAACGUGGUCCUUGCCAGAUCCCUGCUCAGCCGUUUUGACCUGGUCCUUGUCCUACUGGAUGUUAGAGAUAAUGAAUACGACCCUGAUAAUAAUAACGCCUUCAUCUGCCCUCCAGGAGCUCCCAGCCAGUCACAGGAGUAUCUGUGGUGCAUGGAGAAGAUGAAGGCCUAUAUCUGCCUUACCAAGGGGCUGCAGCCGCGGGUGUCUGAGGAGGCCAACUCCAUUCUGUCCAGAGGCUACUACCAGUUGCAGAAGCAAAGCGACAGCAGGAACGCAGCCCACACCACCGACCGCAUGCAGGAGAGCCUCAGCCGCCUCGCAGAUCAGCAGUACCGGACACAGUGUCAGUUCGUUCUGGAGGGACUCCAGCUCCUACACGUCCUCAACAAGGAGAUGGAGAGGCUCUCAAGGCCCGAAACCUGCCAUCUAGACCAUCUAGAGCAGGCCUUCUCCACAGACUCCCUGCCCUCCCACAGCACACCUCGAGCAGGGAAGAAAUGCAACUCAAAGAAGAACUAUGUCCCUUGUAACCUUCCGUCUGGAGACCAAGACCCCUCUGAUACUAGAAAGACUGAACAGAAAAGGGAGAGUGAGAAACAGUGUUACAAAGACAGGCCAGCAGAGGGCAGCAGUGCAGCCAAGAAGUCGAGACUGAGGGUUCAGUCUGACGAUAAAUACUUUUUCACUGAGGUGUCAUGUGACCUGAGCCCAGAGGUCCCAGGGCAGAGGGUGGUAGUGGUAGUGGGGGUAGGGGUCAUGGGACAGAGCAGAAACGCCAGCAGCUGCUGA